AUGAUUUCAUCACCUAGAAGAAUAAUGCCUCCAUCUGUACAAGCUCCACGCCAAUUUCGAAGUAGUGGAAGAGCUCCUUAUGUCAGAAAUCAUACAGAUCCAAACUACGAAGAUCCCUACGAUUUAUGGCAGCAAAAACAAACUUUAAUUAAUGAGAUGAGAGCUAUUCGCGCAGAGAUAUCGCAACUCAACGUCGAAUACCAAGAUAUUUCACAAUAUUGUAAAGAUGUUAUGGAAGAAACCAUUUCAAAUUCAAGAGAAUAUACAGAUAAAGAUCGUGAUGACAUGAAAGAUUUUGCAGAAAAGUCACAAAAGAGAGAAACGCUUCAGAAUCAGGUUCAAGAAUUAGAGACACAGAUUCAAUUUUUCAAAUCCUUUUUCUCUGAUGAUAAUUUAGAAAAACUCAAAACAGAACUCGAAGACCAAACACUGGAAAUGCAUACUCUUACAGAAUAUUUAGAAUCGUUGACUGCAGACAGAGAAUUAAUUUUAUCUGAACUAGAAAGCAGUUCUCUCGAACAAAGAAUACAAGAUAAUGAAAAACUCAAGUCUUUACAAAAACACUACAAACAAGAAAUCAAACAACUAAAACUCGAAGCAAAAGAAUUAGUUGAAGCUGUGAAACUUGUACAGAAGAGCGAUCCUAUUGAAGCAAAUCAGCGUGAAGUAGAGAGAUUAAAAGCAGAGCUUACAAGAUACCAAAAUAUUCAUAUUCGUGAAAAAAGAUUUUAUCAAAUGACAAAAAAGAGAAACAGACCAAUCUUCUUGACAGAAGAAGAACUUAAGCCAAAGACAAAGAAACAGAGUCCAAAGAAAGUCGAAAAUCAAGACCAAAACGCUGGAGAAGACACUUUGUUCGAAAAUACUCAAUCUCAGUACACAAAAGCUCCUGAAGAUGUUGAUGAAAAUAAUUCACCAGAAGAAAUCCCAAAUCAAAAAGAAAACAACGAUAAUCAAGAUAAUUCUCAAGAAAAUUUAGAAAAUAAUGAAGAACAUCCAACAGAAAACACUGAAAAUAAUGGUGAAGAGCAAAAUAAUGAAAAUUCCGAACAAAAAGAAAAUUCAGAUGGAAAUCAAGAAGGAAAAUCCAACGAACACCAGCCACAAGAUUCGAAUCAAGAAGAAUCACAAGAAAAUGGAAGUCCGUUGGGUCUCUCGGCCGAAUUCCAACAAAAACUCGAAACAAUGUCACAAAAUAGUGCAGGCAGUUCAAACAGUGAGCAACUUCGUCAUAUGCAGAACCAUCCAGAUAAUUGGGAGUGA